AUUCGAUAAAAUCAGAUAACAAAUGGGUUUAAGUUAUUUAUAAUCCAUGAUAAAAUUUAUUAUUCAUGCAUUGGAAGUCAGCUAUAUCGUCAUCUUACGUUUCGUCGAUUAUUUUUUUAAAUUGAUAUUAAGUAAUAAAUGAUGGCCUUGCAAAUGAUUAAUGAUCCCGUCAAAUUACAUAAUUUUAAUUAAACAUUUUCAUUAUGCUUUCGGAAAUACAAAUAUUGUGAAACAAUAAAUUCAAUAUAUAGUGAUACAACGUUUUUCAAAAAAGAGCUUUCUCAUUGGCCAAUAAAAAUGCAUCGCGGUUGUACUUUGUACGAACCCAACGAAACGUAAGAAGUAAUAACGAAUUAAUUAAUUUGUGUUAAUGAUCAAAUACGAAUCAAGUUUUCAAGUUUCAACCGCAUAAUAGUGAAUUUUUUCUUCCCCGGCGUCCUGAAAGACAUAAAAUUCUCAACGGUCGGUCGUCAACGUGGGAUUAUUACUGAAUGUCUAAUAAUAAUACUCGUGUAUCUACAUAGUAUGCAGUUAAAUUAAAAUUAAACGAGAAAUAACAUUUAACGGUGACACGAAAUACAUAUUUUCGGUUUCAACGGUUUCAUCGGCGAUGUGUAAAUCCUUCGAAACUGUCGGUACACGAUCGAUGCAACAUUGUUUAACAUGACUUCCAGUGGUACACGAGAAGUUUGAAAGUUUUCGCAGUAAACGGAACACCGACUGAACAUGAAAGAUGUUGCCUUUCCUCGAAAACAAUCGUAUUUCGCAGUCGGUACAAUGUUCAAGUGCUGUUAUUCCGUGAAUUUCGAAACUUCGAAUGAAAUUCAAAGUGGUUAACCUAUACAGAUUAUUUAUGCCUACCACUGUGUACACGUUCAUUUUCGUACCUGUUAAGGAACUCCUGAAACUUUCAAAAUGUUGGAGGGACUCGUUGCUUGGGUGUUAAAUAAUUAUCUCGGGAAAUAUGUUGAAAAUUUAAAUACAGAUCAAUUGAGUAUAGCUUUAUUAUCGGGGGAAGUGGAGUUAGAAAAUCUACCCUUAAAGAAAGAAGUAUUAAGGCAUAUCGGAUUGCCGAUCGAAAUAAAAGCCGGUUUUAUUGGCAAAGUCAGGUUGCAAGUUCCUGUUCGUCAGAUAAGGACAGCAUCAUGGGUUAUAGUCAUAGAACAACUGUAUGUAGUGGCUGGACCAAUAAAUUUGAACGAGUUUGAUAAUGAGGCAGAAGAACAAGCAGUUUUAGAAUAUAAACUGAGUCGACUGGACUCAUUAGAAGCUAGAUGGAGAACAGAUACAGAUCGUGAUCCCGGUUAUUAUGCUACAAGUUAUAGUUCAUGGGUAAAUUAUGGUACAUCCUUAGUAACAAGUAUUAUUGAAAACUUACAACUUCACAUUAAGGAUGUCCACAUAAGAUAUGAGGAUGGGCUGAUGUUGUCAGAUGGCAGCGGUAUUGCGCUGGGUAUAACAAUAGGAUCUUUAACUGCACAAAGCUGUGAUGCUAGUUGGAUACCUGGGUCUACUUCAUGGAAUCUUGCGGAUGCUUCCUUGAAACUCAUGGAACUUGAUAGGUUGUCUGUUUACUGGAAUCCCCUUAAACCAAACGAGUUUUUUGGGUCUUUCAAUCUCGGUGAUUUAGCUAUUGCUAUGAGCGAACCAAAGAACAUCAUCAAAAAGUACAUUUUAUCUCCAGUAAAUGCAAAAGCAUAUAUUAAAAGGGACAGAUCAGAACGACCAUUAAGAUCCACAAAUAAGCCAAGAAUUGUGGUAGACCUUCUGCUGGAUGAUGUCCCUCUGUGUCUCACAGACGCACAAUACAAUCAAAUAGUCAAGUGUAUAAAAGGUUUGAAAGACAUAGAACGUCAUAAACAACAAAGACGCUGUCGUCCAUCAGUCAGCGUAUCUAACGCACCAAAAGAAUGGUGGAAAUAUGCAGCAAGAUGUCACAUUGGUAAAGAAACUCUAAAACCUAAACCGACUUGGAAUGACAUGCUUCAAAGAGGCAAAGAAAAUAUUUUAUAUGUCGAGAGUUAUACCAAGUUGUUAGGAACACCGACAAGUAUUUUACCACUGGACAUGAAACAAAUAAAAGAGAAGGUAGAACAGGAGCGAAGUUUCGACGAACUUCGAGUGUUGAGGGAAAUAGCAAUGCACAGAGUUAGGCCAUCUAAGCCCAUUCAAAUGACAAACGUGAACAUGCCACAGGGUCGUGGAAUGCUUGAACAGUGGUUCCCACAAUGGUGGGGAUGGUAUUCGAAGGCCCCGAACACAAAUACUCAGAGCACAUCCUCUACAUUCGAUGGAGAACUUCUGGAUGUUUUAGCUGACACCAUAGAUGAUGACACCCUUCUGCGUCGUGACACAGUAUUUGGACAGUUCAAUUUUACGUUAUCCAAGGGUGCUGUAUCUCUCUGCACGGCGAAGACAGAAAACGAACAGGAGAAAACUGUAAUAGAAUUGCAAUUCGAACGAGUGACUCUGAAUUACGAGUCAAGGCCUAGGUCUGGGUCUCACAAGUUUACCGUCAGCUUAGGAACUUUGAAUUUGCACGACUAUCUCACCGAAAACUCGACUUUUCCAAUUUUGGUGCAGCCCCAAGUAGUGCCUACUAUAAUUUCCCGUGCACGUAGUUCCUCAGAGAAGUUAACGAGCCAAUUGCCGCAGCAUCUGUUCGAGAUGACUUACGAGAAGCGACCGUUACACGUGACCGCUGAUCAUUCGUUGUACGUGAACUCGAGAUCAUUGGAUGUAGUGUAUAAUCCUACUGUGAUACAGUGGCUCAUAGAUUUCAUAUGUGAACCGUACAGGUCGUUGUCCAAUCAGAGAAUACAAGCAAUGAAGCGUAGAACGCGUAGACAGUUAAUUAAGAAUUGGGAGCAAAUUUUGGAUGGAGACUUUGUUUAUCGAUCCUCGUGGGACCUCCAGUUCAAUAUAUCUGCACCGCAGAUCUUGUUGGUGGAAAAUUUUACGGAUUCUAAUGCUGCGGUUGUAGUCGUGGAUUUUGGGAAACUGCACUUGACGAAUGGUAUACAAAAUGAUGAAGUAAUCAUAAAGCCGGGUUCUGGUACGAACAGUGAUGACGAAGAAGAGAGAUUCGAGACACCUUGCUCAACACCACCUGGUAGUCAAGAGAAUGGUUCUGUGCAGGACUUCCAGACUAUAUCUGAGACAGCGUUACACCAGAAACUUUAUGAUCAUUACUCUAUCAACUUGGUAGAUUUGCAGAUUUUAGUGGGGAAAGUGAAAGAUAAUUGGAAGCAUGGGAGGACUAGAGGCAUGUCAAGUCUGCAUGUUUUAGAACGCUUCAACAUAUCAUUACAAAUUGAAAGACGUGUGUUCAACACAUCAGACCCAAACUUUCCAUCUGUAACAGUAUCUGGGAAUCUUCCAAGAUUGGUGGUACACGUUAACGAACAAAAAGUGGAAUCGAUUAGGUUGAUGUAUAAUUUACUGUCGAAUUUCUCCAAAUCCACAGUAGUUUCUCAGAGUGAUGUAAUCAAUGUAGAACCUGAAAGUCCAAAGAAAGAAGAAAUCAUGGAUAAAUCUUUGAGUCAUGCAGUGAUGGUUCAAUUUAUCAUUGAUCAAAUGACUUUCGAACUCCAAUCACGUGGACGAAGUGUGGCAGAGUUGCAAGUUUCUGGGGUCAGAGCUGCUUUCAGUAAAAGGACAGUUGAUGUCAGCGUCUCCUUAUCUGUGCAUGGUUUGCUCCUCGUCGAUGCUCUCCAGGAAUUUGGUCCUGAUUUUGAGUUGUUAGUAGCCAGCCACAAACAUGUUGGAAUGGACAGUGUUUCUGGGAGUUUAAGAGAUUCCGAACCAACGUCGCCAGUUUCGCCGGUGUCUCCUGGAUCUCCCGAGCCGACAGUGUCGAAACGAUUAACUUCUCCAAUUGCUCUAACCAAUGCUUUGUCGAAUUUAGCAAACAGAUCGAAAAAUCUACAAUCUCCCAGGAAUAAUUCAUUCAUUGAAUUAGAUAAGAUGGACUCAGAGGCCUUAAUUGUUGUCGAAUUAACGUUAGUACAGGACACUUCAGAAAAUCUAAGAGUUGCCAAUAUCCAGUUCAACAAUUUGGAUAUUAUUGCCAAUCAAGAAACGAUAGUAGAACUAAUGGGUUUUUUCAGAAGGAUAUUUCCGUCUCAGAAAAUGAGGCCAGGAAGCAUAGAAAGACAAGAGUCGCUGUCGAAUCAAACUAUAGAAUCGAAGGUCUCGACCAGGACAGAAAUUAGUUUUGAUUUUCAUAGAUUAAACGUUUUACUUCUAAGGGCAGUGAUGCAUGAUAAUCAUCUGGUGGGUCAAAAAAUUGCUACAGCAACAAUGUGUGAUGCACGUAUACAAGCAACCCUGGCAGUCAACACUUCCAUCUCUGGAUCGCUUGGAGGCUUACAAGUUUUAGAUCAAACUUUAACUGGUAAAAUGCAUCAACGGAUUGUUAGUGUUGGAAGGGAUCCAAUUACAGAUCCGCAUCAACAACAUCUUGAACACUUCACUAACUUACCCAAUCAACCUGAAGCAUUGAGAUUCUCAGCGAAUCGGUGUACUAAACAAAAUGCACAGCACCAGGAUGGAAUGGAAACCUUGAUAGAUUUAACAAUACGCAUAGGUAGUGUGUGGUACACGCACGCUCCUCAUUUACUUUCUGAACUGCGUUCAUGCGCUGAUGAAUUUAAACAGUAUUUGAAAAAUCUUGCUCGCCAGAUCAGUGCCGCAGCUACAGAUAUGGCCAUUGGUUUGGUUAACGCUGAAGACUGGACGAUACCACCACGUAGACGCUUGCCAAGUCUCUCCGUAGACACGGAAAGCUCAGGAAGCUUGUCUUUAAGCCUGGAUAUUCUUCUAGACAGUCCUGUACUCGUGAUACCUCGGUCGUCCCAUAGUUGUCAAGUGUUCGUUGCUCAUCUUGGUACAAUGUCUUUGCAGCACGAACCUCAUCAUGGUUCUAUGGCGAAACACAAAUUAACUUUAGAAGUUCGAGACAUGAAUUUAUAUUCCCUUGAAAUAUCUUCUAACGUUAGUCAAACUCAUAAUAAUCUACCUUUGAGGGCAGAAGAGAUAUAUUCUUGUAAAGAGUCUGGAAAGCCAAUCUUGCAUGACACAGUAUUAAAAAUUGUGGUCGAAAUAGAGAACACAUUAGUGCAAACUCCCAGUUUCUUCCUGGACAAUGAGUUCUCGAACAACCCAAUUGUUCAGGUUCACGGAGUGGUAACAAAGCCAUUGAAAGUGUCUUUGUCUCGAGGUCAGUAUGAACAAUUGUUGGACACGAUAAACAGAAUGUUCUCGAUGCCAAUAUCAGUGCCAGUUGUUCAGAAAUCGCAAGUAAUAAACAAGAUACCUCAUCAUUCUGAUAAAUUGGAUGUUUCCAUGAAAGUAUUAUUUGAACUACCUACACUAAGCGUGGAACUAAAACAAGGUCUGUCAGAGCAGCCACUAGUUGAAUUGUCUAUGAGGGAUUUUGUUGCAAAAUAUGAGAAACUGCAGAAAAAUGAAUCCACUAUUCAAGUUGCCUUACGUUCACUACUUAUGGAGGAUUUGCUGUGCCCUGUUGGCUCAAGACACCGGUGUAUGAUGCAGUCUUCAGCACCUACUCGAGCUAAGCUACCUGCUGGUGUUUCUAAGUCAUGUCCAGACUUUGCAUUUAUUCAACAAUUCAGAAGUGAAUUCGGACGAGGAAGUUUGCCCGACAGAUUGGAAACUGAUACUUUGUACGGUACAAUUCCUGCCCAUUGGCGUAGAAAACCGGUCUCACUAGCAGAUACUCCAAAUACUCCACCUCCAUCGCCUGGUGCAUCUACAAGCGAAGAAAAUUUAGUACUGAUGAGCAUCACGAUAACUGAGCCAGAUCCUGAUCAGUUAAGGAAGGACCAAUUUCAACAGAAAACUGUGACUGUGGACUUCAAUUGUUUGGAUCUUGUGAUAAGCGUGGAGUCUUGGAUGGUAGUCUUUGACUUCUUUGGAUUUGCCGGACCAUCUGGAACUAAUCCUAAAGUUACCAUGCAUCAAACUUCUAUUGAUGUAGAUCAGCUGGACAAACCAGACAGUUUUCCUAUACGAUCAGAAACUGAAAUAGAAGUUAGAUCUUUGACAUUAGUACUAAUACAGGCUGAAAGAGAAAUUGCAAAAGCUAAUGUAUCCAAUGCAAAUAUGCAUAUUUUGAAGGUGAAUGGGAAGACAAUGAUAUCUGGGUCUUUGGGAUCUAUGUCGUUGUUGGAUCUCACGCCGCAUGGUAGAUUUUACAGAGAGAGAUUCUUGUCUUCUGGAAGGAAAGCUUUGAACUUUCAGUAUUCCAGUUAUGUGGACUCUGAAAAACGACCUUAUGAUGCUCAAUUAAAACUUGAAAUGUCUGCUGUUCAUUAUGUGCACACUCAAAGAUUUGUAGCAGAACUUCAGGCAUUUUUCGUACACUUUUCUCAACUCUGGACUAUUAUGGCGAAUUUAAGAGCUGGGAUUGGAGCUGUUAUAGACUCUAACAAACGAAGUAUGAGACUAUCAUUAGAACUUCACGCAGGUGCUCCUGUAAUAUUAUUACCAGUCAGUUCUAGAUCUGAUGAACUGAUACUGUUGGACUUGGGAGAACUCACGGCUCAUAAUAAGUUUGCAAUGUCUGAACUGAUAGACAACUGCAUGUUAGAUAUAACAUUUCUUGAAUUAGUUAAUAUGGAUGUUUACGCUGCCAAAAGAAUUCCAUGCGAUGAUCACGAUGAAAACAAUGAUAUGUUAGUUGUCGGUGGCUUUCUCAUUAAGAAACUUGGAUCGUCAUUGCUUACAGAGAUGUGCCAUUUAAAGCUACGCAUAGAACGAAACUUGGACACUUACAUUAGCAGAGAUAUACCCGACUUGAGUAUACAUGGAACUUUAUCAACAAUGGACUGCGCUUUAGACCCUGCUCAAUAUAUGUUAAUUCGAGGUCUUUUAUCUUACAACAUUGGAGAAACUCUGGACGACCUGCGACAAUUCAUGCAAGAUCUGGAUCAAACAGUUAAAUAUUCUAUGGUUAGUGUAGAUAACCGGGAGAAGAUCUGGAAGAGGUCGUGCAUAACACUUGAAUUAGUAAAUGUAACUGUGAAAUUACAUCCAAAUCAUAAUAUUGCAGCUUUAGCAUGUGUUAAUUUUAUAAAAUCUAGGCUCACAUUGGAUUCAUUAAGUGAUGGGUCACAGGAUAUAGACCUGGUAUCUCAGGAGAUAUUAAUUACAGAUACACGUUUCCAGAAUGAACCUUUCAGUAUGCAAUCUAAUGUGUUUACAAGCAUCUUACAGCCUCUAAGAAAUUCCAACAACGAGAAUCACGUACAGGCUGAAGUACAUCACAGGAGACGCAAAACAAAUGCAGCAACAACCAUUCUUGUACACAGUAUGCGAUUGACUGCUAUAUUGGAUUGGUGGGAAGCUGUAAGGGAUUUCUUGAUGUUAAAUUCUUCAGAACCCGAACCCAUUCUCAGUAUAUCACAAAUAACUGCAGAAAAUAAUCAAGAAAAUGAAAGUAACACUGCUACUAUGAUACCACUGGAAUUGAAGAUUAAUAUUAUUGAUUCUGAGUUGGUCAUUGUAGAAGACACUUCGGUGAGCGAUACUAAUGCCGUUAUCUUGAAGAGUACAGCAGUUUUGUCGUAUAGGUCUGUCCCUCAAGAAGGAGAAAAGCCUCUUUCCUGUAACUUAUCCCAUUGCGAACUGUUCUCUUGUAUUCCUGGAUUCGAAGAAGAAACUGCUUUGUCCAUAAUUGAUCCCGUAGGAGCUAGUUUAGAUUUAACGCAGGAUAAGUGUCUUGAGAUACAGCUUCAACCGUUGUGUGUGAGACUGAGCUAUCACGACGUUACAAUGUUCUCCAGAAUGCUCAGUUCUCUACCAAAACAAACUUUGGUAGCUAAACAACGCUCAAACGAAGUACUGACUCCUACAGAAAAACAAGUACAGAAGUUGACUGCUCUAGGAUUCGCAGACUCGGAUUGCAGGGCAGCAUUAGAUCUUUGUAAUGGUCAAUUAGAUGAAGCAGCUUUAUGGUUAACGCAAAACGCAGUACCUAAUUCUGAUGUGAACACAAAGAAUGAGUUAAUUUUCCAUAGUAUCGAAUUGCAAACAUCUUGUGGGAGAAUAUGUAUCAUAGAUGACUGUAGGGAUGCUGAUGUGCCACUGUUAGAAAUUACAUUGUCGGAUUUCAGUUUGAGACAAGACUGCAUGGGGCCUGGCCUAGUGUCAUGUAUUUUCAGUAUUGAUUAUUAUAAUAGAGUUCUCAGUGGUUGGGAACCUUUCGUUGAACCAUGGCGUACUACUGUUCAAUGGGAACAAACGUUAACUAACUCUCUCAAUUCUAAGAGAUUACAAAUGUCUGUGGACUCACAGGAUUCUGUUGAUGUUAAUGUAACUUCAACAUUAAUAGAACUAUUCGAGUUAGUGAAGAAUAACUGGAUGCAGGAUUUCUAUUUAACUUCGCUCAAAGAUAUCAAUGUGAAUAAACCAACAAAUGGACAAGCGUACAGACGCAGAUUACCGUUCAUCCCAUUUGCGUUAAAGAAUGAAACAGGCUGUAAUUUGUGGUUCAAAACAAUCAUUGCCACUGCAAAUGACACGAAGGAUGUGGAAUUCAAUUUCAAGCAAAAAGAUGUUUUUGAGAAAGAUGACACGUGGAUUGAAGUAGUUCCAGGAGGCACUGUUCCAUUCACGUUUGAAGGAAGAGGAAAAUUGCGACAUCAUGCUACGCAUACUGUUCGAAGACAUCAGAUCACAGUGCUUGUGGAUGGAUGGAAACCUGUAGAACCUGUCACAGUUGAUCGCGUUGGAAUAUACUUCAGGCAUGCCUACGAGAAUAGUCAUAAAUUACAGAUGUUGACACCCAAGGCUAGGAUAGUAUUCGCAGUUGAAUUAGAAGGAUCAGCUAGAAAAUUAGUAACUGUCAGAUCAGCUUUACAAAUAUCUAAUAAGUUGACACACACGGUAGAACUAAAAAUGGAGAAAUUCUUGAAUCAGUUUGAAUAUCUGUCUCUCAUUUCACCAGUGAAUGAUAGAAUUCUACAAGUACCUCCACAAUCCGUCAUAUCGGUACCGUUAACGCACACAGGUGUGCAGAUGUGUCUGAAGCCCAUAAAUAUGAAUAAUUUAUUUCAAUAUUGUAUGGAAACAAUAGACUGGACAAUAGUAAGGAAACCACUAGAAGUUAUAGAGAACCGUAUUACGUGUAGGGCUAAUCACAAUAAUAUAUUUAGAAUGAGUGUAGCGGUUAUGCGUGAUAAUUAUCCGCCAGAUGUGGGUCAUAUGCUGCCAGCACACACGAUAACUAUAAUGGCUCCAAUUACUUUGAUUAACUUAUUACCACACGAAUUGUUAUUUAAAGUUGGUAUGGAAAGCGAUAGAAUUUCAGCUGGCGGUAGUGCAGAUCUGCACACAGUAAAUAUUGAAGAGCAAUUAGAAAUUACAAUACAAAUAGAUGGUUACCCUGGUUCUGGAACGAUGUUACUACCGCCAAAUGCUAAUUCCUUCACUGCUCGGCUCAGGCUAACUGACUUCACUGGAAGAAUAUUGUUUCUAUAUGCAGCUGUCAAUAUAGAAAAAGGUUCUGCGAUACAAAUUAGUAUUACUUCGCCAUAUUGGAUUCUUAACAAAACAGGGUUACCGCUGGUGUUCCGACAAGAGGGAGUUGGCGUUGAAGCAGCUGGACAAUUUGAGGAACAUGAAAAGGCUAGAAUGGUAGCUCCACUGUUAUUCUCUUUCAGCGAUGAAGAAGCUAGUAGAACUUUGUCAGUCAGAGUUGGUACCUCGGUACAUCCUCAAGGAAUACCACAGUGGUCGCAACAUUUCCAUUUGCAACCUGGAAUACAGGUACACAGACUUAGAGUAUCCUUGCGUGAUGGCAGACCGGAUAUAGUAUACUUGAUCAGUGUGGCUACACGUACUGCAAGAGGAAAAUACAGAGCAACAACAGUGGUUACACUGUCUCCUAGAUAUCAGUUGCAUAAUAAAUCUAGUUUUACGCUAGAGUUGGCACAAAAAUGUUUCACAACAACAAUUAGCCAUCCAGAUGCUCAAGCAACGUACAUUCGAACAAUGCCUGACUGUCACAUGCCCUUUCAUUGGCCACGUCUCGACAAAGAUUUAUUGUUAUGUGUUCGCAUCAUAAACGUUAAGGAUUGUAUGUGGUCUGGUGGUAUCAGACUAGACGACAACUAUUCCUUAACAAUUAAUAUCAGGGACGCAACUGGAAGGAUGCAUUUCCUUCGCGUAGACGUGGUUCUACAAGAAAGCACAUAUUUCAUAGUGUUCACUGAUGCAGACACUAUGCCUCCACCUAUAAGGGUGGACAACUUCUCGGAAGUUCCUCUAGUAGUUAAUCAGGUUACCGUGCACGACAACUUGCAAUGGACCGUGCGACCACAUUCAUCAGUACCGUAUGCUCUGGAUGAACCAAUACAAGCUGCAGGUUUGGUUUUAACUGCACCUGGCGGUGUAACAGCUACCUACGACUUGAAUAUACUUGGAGAAGGCAGAGGAUUAACAUAUGAAAACUUCAUUUACAUUGCAUUUACCGGAACCUUCAAACCCGAUGGCGAUUUGGGAUCAGGAGAAUGUGGUCUUGAUCCAUUAGAUGUCGAAACCCAAAGAUUGGUGUUAGAAGCUGGCCCUGGUGGUUGGGUAGCUUUACGAAGGAAACAAUAUGGAGCUAGAUCGCAGCUGUGGAGGAUGACUGGUGAUGGACAGUUGCAACACGAAGGUUCUAGUCCACCCAGGGACAAGCAUUCGAAAACCCCAGAGACAGUGCUGGUUCUAGACAUAGCAGGUACAGCACCCCAGCCGUUUACGUAUUGCGCACUUGCAUUGAGGAAACCUGAUCCCAGAAGAAGAUCAACUCAAACGUGGCGGUUCACCGAUGAUGGGAGACUGUGUUGCGCGCACAAAAAUAUGUGUGUUCAGUCAAAAGACGGAUUUAUGGGAUUGCACGAAGGCGGCAGUGUCGCCCGUUGGCAAAUGUGGAGCGAGGCGGUAUUAGGUCCACAAACGCACAGUAGUCCUCCGCCCAUCGAGCAGCGCGUGGGAAGGCAAAAGUUACGACCUGGCUCCGGCUUCUUAUCUAUCAGAGUAACGACUGAUGGGCCGACACGGGUACUGCAAGUAUUGGAUAUCAAAGAAAGGAAGAAAACCUUCGCUUUGCUCGAAGAACGUGAUUGGUCGCACAUCGCCGUCAGCCACCGUCCAACUCAGAUAAACACAGACGCCGAGAGCUUAAACUCCAGAGAGCUGGAACUGAAAGUAAACCUAACAGCCGGGAUAGGAUUAUCAAUUGUUUCACGAAGGCCCGUCGAAGAAUUGUUAUUUGCUCGGUUAGCCGCCAUCUCGUUAGAACUUAUACAAACCCCUCUAAACACCACCGUUGAUUUAAGCAUAGAGGAUAUACAAAUCGACAAUCAAUUAUUCGAAGCUCAAUGUACUUCAGUGUUAUACGUUACCCGGGCAGCGCGCAUUGACAGCGAGCACCGGCCAGCGAUUCAUUUGGUAGCCGAGAAAUUAAAAUCCAAGAAUCAGAAUGCCGAGAUUUACAAACACGUGAUAGUGAGCAUCAAGCCUCUCUGCAUACACUUGGAAGAGAAAUUGAUUUUAAAACUAGCCGCUUUCGUCGGGGCAGGAAGAUCAGAGCUAGAAGUGCCGGUGGACGAGAACGAUUUCAAAGCUCAGAGGUUUAUUUCUGAAGUGUCUGCAGCCCACGCGAAACGGUAUUACUUUGGAGCGCUGAAAAUUGUCCCCAGUCAGGUGAAGUUAAGCGUAUUAACCACCACAAAGCUACCGCGGCAUCUCCAAGCGAUAAAAAGACAGCUGGGCUUGACCCUGAUCAAAUUCGAGGACGCUACCAUAGAGUUGGAGCCUUUCAUUAAGAAGCACCCAUUCGAAAGUACGCAGUUCUUGGUGCAUUCCAUUAUCAAACACUACAAAGACGACUUGAAAUGGCAAGCUGCGGUGAUACUGGGAUCCGUGGACUUCUUGGGCAAUCCCCUUGGUUUUGUCAAUGAUGUCACCGAAGGCGUAUCCGGUUUGAUCUAUGAAGGCAGCGUGAAAACCUUGGUGAAGAACGUGACGCAUGGUAUCUCCAACUCAGCUGCCAAGGUCACGGAGUCCUUGUCCGACGGACUGGGACGAGUCAUAAUGGACGAAAGGCACGAGGAAGCUAGGCAAAGGAUUAGAGCUAACACUGCAGGCAGCAGCGAUCAUUUGGUGGCAGGAUUGAAAGGCUUUGGCUUUGGAUUGUUGGGAGGUGUUACGAGCAUCUUCAAGCAAACUUAUGACGGGGCUGCUAAUGAAGGUUUCCCGGGAUUUUUUGCUGGUUUCGGUAAAGGAGUGGUUGGAACCAUCACGAAACCAGUGGUGGGAGUGCUGGACCUAGCUACGGAAACUGCCACUGCUGUGCGAGAAACUAGUAGAAGUGCUCAUCGUACGAUACCUAAAAGAGACAGACCUCCUCGAGUUUCAAGCGGUCCAGCUGGUUUAUUGCCUCCCUACAAUCGACAACAAGCAGAGGGACAAGAAUUCCUCUACAUUGUAAAUGAUCAUGACCACUCAGAGUUAUUUGUAUCAUAUGAGUGUCUACGCAGCGGAACGGAGAACCUGAGGGUGUUAGUGUCCAAUGAAAGGGUCCGUGUUAUUUCUGGUGGUACUAAAGGGGUAGUGACCGAAGUCAGCUUGACAGACUUGUUGUAUUGUCAGCCCAUGCAAAAAGUGGAGAGUAACGGUGAGACGUUACAUUACAUAGAGCUGAUAUCUAGAUCGGAUUCAGCAGUGUCUGUCAAUGUAGUCGGCCCCGAGCCUCUAAGAAGGCCCAAGGUACGGUGUGACAAUGAAGACGUAGCCAAACGAGUAUCGCAACAAAUCAAUUACGCCAAGGGAAUGCACGAAGAACGCAAUUUGACUCUCUCCUCGUCGGACAAUAUGUUGGACGACGUUCAGUACUAUAAGUAGUUACAGGCGACUGUUUCACGUAUCGUAUAUAUUUCGUAUGCUAGUCAGUCCUCUUAGGUUUUCUUAUACUUUUUCUUUGCAUCCCUAUUUUUGUUUCCUUUUUCUAACCAGUGCACAUAAUGAUGCCUUACUACGCUUAAACUAAGUUGAUGAUAAGACUGAUGCAAGGCAUCAUCAAUGUUGCGGCGUCUUUGAUGAUGUGAAAAAGUCUCGAGAGCGUAAUAAUAUAUAUAUAUAUAUAUAUGUGUGUACAUAUAUAAUUAAUAAAGAUAUAUAUAUUAUAAAUAUAUAUAAUAUAUAUAAUAUAUUUAUAUAUCUUUAUAAUAUAUAUUUAUAUAUCUUCAUUAAUUAUAUAUAUAUGUUAUGUAUAAAAAACGUGAGAAUAUCGAUUGUCGCACAGUUAGCACACUUUUGAUACUAUAAUAAUGAAAUGGUGGGAGAAGAUAAUCUUUUAAAAAGUGCGAGUGACUUUUUUUUUAAUUAAUUCUGCAUACAUACUUACAUAUGUAAAUGUACGCGCGCGUGUGUGUGAUUGAGUGUAUAUAUGUAAGUACAGUUGUAAAAUAUAGGUGGAUAAGGUUACACGCUUAUUCAUUCACGAUAAUAAUAAUGUAAUCGGAUGCCGCAUAAACUAUAGAACUAACGAAAACCAAAGUUUUUACAUAGGAUAGAAACGAUAUUUAUUUUUUAAUUAACGAAUUCGAUAUUUUGCAUACUUUUGGUUCGAACAAAUUGUAUUUUUUAACAGUGUAAAGGACAGAUGAUAGUUGGAGAAACUUUGGAGAGGGCAAUACCACUAACGAACGUAUUAUUAACUGUACAUUCUAUUUCUAAUGUAACUCCGUGUGUAAAGUUAAUCGACGUAAACUCUUGUACAGUCGUAUUCAUAGAGAAUAUCAGGAAUAUCAGAUUUACUCGAAUACUUUUUAUAAGUCUGAUGCAUUGUACAGCUUAAAUGCAAUGUAUAUUGAAUAUAGGAGAAGAAAGUAUUUGCACAUCGGUAUCAAUUAAUUUCAGUCGACAAUACCAUUUAACUGUAACAACUAAGUUAAAAGAUUAUUUUGAUCAAACUAUUGGUCAAAGGAAAAAAAUGUUUUCAUAAAAUAAUGAAAUAUUAAAAAUUUUUUAUUUUCUCUUUUAUUGAAUCACUAUUUAAAGGGAGAUUCGAGUUAUGUACAAAUACUUUUUUCGUUCUCUAUAUACGUAAUAUAUAUAUGCACGUUGAAGUAUGAAUACAAUAGAAUCCGGUGAAUAAUAUCGCGUGUAAGUUAA